GCUGACACUUCUUUAGCAUUUGAAUGCAGAGCCUUAUACGGUUGUAGAAAUGGCAAGCGAGAAAAAAUCUUUGAAAUCGUCGCCGAAAGGUGGAAAGUCUAAUGAAGAAAUAUUCGCAGGGUUUCAGACUCUUCGAAAUGAGCAAAGAAUUAUGGCUAGCAAACUUUCCGAGAUGGAAAUGGAGUUAAAUGAACACAAGAUUGUUAUAGACACAUUGAAAAAUGUAGACCCAAAGAAAAAGUGUUAUAGAAUGAUUGGCGGCAUUCUUUGUGAACGUACAGUUGAAGAAGUGAUGCCUGCUUUAGUUACAAAUAAAGAACAGUUGACGAAAGUUAUAGAGAGCUUAAACGAGCAGUUAACAAAAAAAGGAGUCGAGAUUAACGAUUACAAAGAGAAACACAAUAUUAGAAUUCGAGGUCAAGACGAAAUACCACAACACGAUGAAGAUUCGAAGGAAGCGAAAAGAAAUGCAAUAGUCGUAAACCCUAUCGAAGUUUAAAGCAUACUCAUUUGUGCAUCGUGUAAGUUGAAAUCCACGUGUGAUAGUAAUUUUUGUUUAUCAUCGUCUGCCGCAUUUAUUUAUCGAAUUUCCUAACCAUUUAUUGUAAAAUGUAUCAACUGUACUUAGAAUUAUUUUGAGAAUCUCCAAAAGCGAUUCAAAAGCACGCAAUAGAAUAAGGUAGAUCAGUUACUGUUUCAUGUAGGAUGGUAAAUAUCUUUUUCUGAACUAGAAUCGACGAAAAUAUUUCAUUUAUUUUUUGGUUGUUAAGUUUGUUCCUGCGGGCAAACAAUUUUCUUUAACUAUAUUUAAAAGCAGCGUAAUUAGAAAAAAUAGAAUUAUUAAUUGUUCACUAAAAAUUAAUACGGCUCAAAUAAUAUCCUUGAGAUUGUAGUAAAGACAAUUAUCAAAGUAAAUUUUAUAAACAUUGUUUAAUACUCAAA